GCCGUCGUCGCGCCGGCCUCUGAGUCAGUGGGAGCGAACCACCGACGGGUGAGUCAGGCGGUCCGCGCAGCGUCCCUGCUGACGUCACGGCCCCCGGCGUCGCUGCGGCCGUGUCGGAGGAGUCGCCGGUCCGGGGCGAGAUCCGGCCGGACAAAGAAUCUGACCCGACCAGACCGCCUGAGAGUCCCAGCGGACAUCCGGGCGCCGCCGGCCGCGGCCGUUCUGCAGAAGCGGACCCGUGCAGCCGCGAGAGGGCGCCACCGUCCUCCCGAGGGUCUCUCCUCUGUCUGUGUGCGGCGCGGGGCCCGUGCGCUCGGUGCGGCUCGCGGUGCGCUCGCUCCGUGGAAUCGGCCAUUCGUUGGCCCUGCGCGCCGGGUGCCCUUGUCCACUGGCAGUGCUGGGUGUCGGUCGCGCCCACGAUCCGGCGCCGCGGAAGUUGCCCAGUUCGCCGGAGUUAUCUGCGGUCCCGCCGUUUCCUGGUCAAGAGAGUUUGUAAGCAGCGGGGACUGGUGGAGGCCGGUGAUGUUUGGUUAUAGCGGUGUGGUGACUGUUGAUAACAGUUGUGAUUAGUGACGACCGCAGCCGUGUUUGGGGUGGCCCUGCUGCGGGAGUAACCCCGGGCUUCAAGCGCGACUGACGGCCGCUCCGGACAUCAAUUCAAGCCGGACAUAGCGGCAAGGCGUCACGGAGUAGUAGCGAACGACCUCCAAAGUCGCAACAAAGCAUCCAGGGCAGCAGCGAGGCAUCCAGGGGCAGCAGCGAGGCAUCCAGGGGCAGCGGCGAGGCAUCCAGGGGCAGCGGCGAGGCAUCCAGCGGCAGCGGCGAGGCAUCCAGCGGCAGCGGCGAGGCAUCCAGGGCAGCGGCGAGGCAUCCAGGGGCAGCGGCGAAGCAUCCAGGGGCAGCGGCGAAGCGCCCCGGGAGAGCAGCCAAACAUCGUCGCCCCGCCAGCCGGGUGGCGCCCCGCGCGUCAGUCAUGGCAGCUGCCAGUCGACUGCUGCGGCCCCUGCUGUUGGCCGGUCUCGUACUAUCGGCGACGGCGUGUAACAAAGAUAACAAAGAGGUGGCGCACUGUCUACACACAUACCUGGAGAGAGACUUUAUCUCGAUCGAGGCCAUAGUAUACCCACGCACUGAUGGCGAAAGGCGAGGCCUAUCCAACAUCAACAGGGGCAACAGGCGACGCCCUGGCGGCGGCGGCUCGAACUUCGGCGACCGUCCCAUCCUGGACGGACCAGAGAUGGCCGAGAAUUGCAAGCGCAUCGAAUGGAUGAUCUCCUGCUUCGAGGGCGUUCUGGUCACCUGCGACAGCUACAGCGACUUCUUCCGCUAUCGGGACCUGCUGCGCAGCGUGUCGCUGGUGAAAGACUGGCUCUGUGAUGACGUUAUUCAACGCUUUUCCGUGCUGGUGUCGUCAGUCAGCUGCUACAAGGAAGCCCUGCUCGAGGCCAAAGAAUGCGAAGACAGCUCACUUACCGAAAACCUCUGGCCUCAAGUACUUAGAAUGGAGAAGCAACAGGACGAAAUCUGCACACCGCUGCGGCGCCAGUCUCGCUGUCUGGAGCGCAGCGGCCAGCUGGAGCAGUGCGAGGAGCACGCGGCCGAGCUCUACCACAACGUGACGGGCAUGUUCCUGAACUCGUGGUGCGGCGCAGCGGCGGCGCCGGCGCCGGGCCUGACGCUCCCGCUGCUGUCGCUGCUGGUCUGGGGCUGGGCGCGGCUCGCCGGCUUCUUGUGACGCGCUCGGUAGCCGCAGGUUGGCGCUGGUCCCAUCGGUGCCGGACAGGCCGCGACCGCCGAACGGCAGCGGGCUGCCUCUUCAGUUAUCGUGGACACCGUCCCGGGGUGGACGGAGCCGGACCACAGCGGCGGUGGAUGCUGGCGCUGCCCUCGCUGACACGGACGCUACUCCGCGAGUGAGCGCUGGGUGCACGAGACCAGCGGUGUGUCACGCACCGGGUAGCCUCCCACGCAUACUGCCGGUCGCUUCAGCACACGUCGGAGCGACAAUCUCAUGCAAUCGCCACCAGAGGCGCCACCAUCUCCCCGUCCGGGGACUCCCAGAGAAGGGGCCAGGACCCCUGGACGUCUCCCGGAGACCGCUACCGGCUGCUGCGGCUCGGAGCCGCCGCUGGAGACAGGACCGUCUCCGGCGAGU